AUAUGGUUCAGUAGUAGGUACUAUCAAUUGUAACCAUUUUCUUUCGAACAGCUGUCGCUGUACAAUAAAAAUCGCAAUAGUAGUUCAGGUUGGUUUGCCAUUGAUUUUAUUGUCCUUACCAUACAUGCAAUUAUUGCAAUAUCGAUAGUUACUAUUUCAAUGUUUUCGUGUUUACAACUUGUCAUAUCUCGGAGGUAAAUUUUGAUGAAAGCCAGAUCGUAAUACGCUGAAAAUUAUGUUGAGCAAAAGACAAUGGAUAGCGUUCUUGUGUGUAUUUGUGGGUUACGCGUUGUUUGGUGCUUCCGUGUUUUACUUCAUCGAAUCCGUGGAAGAAGCGCAACGAGCAUCGGCGGAAGAAAAGCAGAAGCAGGAAAUUAACGAUUUAAUCCGAGCGAAGUAUCCGCCUCAACUACAGGAAGAGCUGUUUUACAAGAUUGGUAACUAUUGCAAAAAGCCCGUUGGUGAUACCCCUCACGAUUCGUCGACAGCAAAAUUGGAAUGGACCUUUUAUCAUUCUGUCUUUUUUGUUUUAACCAUACUAUCCACAAUCGGAUACGGAAAUUUAUCACCAACAACAACUUUCACGCGCGUGUUUAUGAUUAUCUACGGAGUUGUGGGGAUACCCAUUAAUGGCAUUGUGAUAAUUACUCUGGGAAGUUACUUUGGAACGACCUUUACAAAUAUUUACAAGCGAUGGAGGAAUAAAGAAAAUACGCGCCCGUACCAUACUCUAGGAAUGGUAGGAAAAAUCGUGUUAUAUUCAUGUCCUGGAUUUGCCUUCCUCAUCAUCGUGCCUUCUAUAGUCAUUGUCCUGUACGAAGGUUGGAGCUUCGACAAAGCCGUGGAAUUUGCAUUUGGUACACUUACUACUAUUGGAGUGGGACAGGUAGUACCUGGUGUAUUCAGAUCCGACAACGACGUAGUCCACGUGCUGUACAACAGCUUUCUACUAAUAUGGAUUAUCAUCGGGCUUGGAUACGUGGCAAUGGUCUUUGGCUUUAUCACCAAAGGACUUCAAAGUGAAAAGAUGUUUAACCUAGAACAAAAAUUGACUAAUAACAUUAAGAAGACGAAUAAAAAAAUUCGAAAAGAGCUUCGCUAUAUUCUAGACGAUCUCAUUUCUACUCAAUCGUCCAUAUCGCCUGUGUACAGGGAGAGGCGCGUAAAUGUACUAGCCAAGCACAGUAGAACUCAAAGCUGUCCAGAUUUGAGGCAAUUUGUUGAGAGAAAUGGGAAGAGACGAGCGACGUCAGUAUUAUACCCGCUUAUUACAAUAGAGGAUGAAAUGAGCGAAACUCACAUUCAAAGAAUUGAAAGAAUUAAAACACUGGAAAGUAACAUCAAUAUUCAACACAGCGAAUUACUAGAAAAAGUUGUGAACGCUUUAUCGGAUUUUAAGGGGUCCGUUGAAACAGCUGACAGCAUUGGCUCAAGUGGUACUGGUGUUAAUGAUUGUGAAGCCUUUCAUAAAACAAAAGAUCAAGCUCGACAAGAAGAUGCAAUGGGAAAGUGUGGCGAAACACAUAAUCGCAGAGUAACAGUUGGACAUGAACCAGAAUCGCUAUUUUCCAAAUUGAGAAGGAGAAUACGUUCAUCUUUUGUAUCGGAAAAGCUUGACGUUGAUUCCGAAGGUCAGUUAGACGAUCAGACGUUAGUAGCGCAUGCGUCAAAGCCGCCAGAUAACUCGCUUUCCGAUUUUCUGCGAGCGUUAAGCAUAAUCAAUUUUAACGAGAUAUCAAAGCCAAACGGUGACGGUUGCAAAGCCAAUAGCCGACGACGGUUGCCAAUAGUACCGUUGCUACGGCGAACAUCACUAAUUUCAACAGUAUCGUCAAGACUCACUGAUAGACGACGAUCCUCUGAAGACGGAAAAGCGCAUUUUAUAAGAAAUUUUCCUCGGUACAGCGCUUUUGCUAGACCAGUAAUUCCAAAUGGUGGCGUUAACACUAGUUUUUCGAAUACGGACCAAAGAAAUUUUCCAGAAAUUCCUACAAUAUCUAAAUCUUGUACUAAAGGCGAUCUGAACACUUUUACUCAUGUUUAAGUCGACAUUAGAAUAAAUGGUGGGUAGACA